CGACAAGAUCAGUUUUGCCGUGAUUGUCAAGCGAAGAAGGAUGAAUUCUUGUUGUUUUCUUGGUUUUGGUCGAGGUUUUGGUGGUUUUUCUGGCGCGAGAGCGCUAAAAAGUGUCUACAGCACUACUUCGCGGUUCCUCAGCGGGAAAUCCUUCAAGGAUAUCCCAGGACCUCGAGGAUACACUGUCCUGAACCGCCUCGUCAAGGAAAUUCCCUUGAGACACUUUUGCCUACCUUUAGGCGUUUCAGAGCUCGACGCGCUUCACUUGGCGGGCUUCGAAAAGUACCGGCGAUUCGGCAAGAUUGUGCGCGAAGCUGUACUGCCCGGAGUGAAUAUUGUGUGGCUGUUUGAUCCCGAUGAUAUCGCGACAGUCCUCAAUGAUCACGGUAGUGGGAACUUCCCAGAGCGCAGGAGUCAUUUGGCGCUGGAGAAGUACAGAAACGACCGACCGAGCAUUUAUCGCACGCCAGGACUUUUGCCAACAAACGGCUCGGCUUGGUGGAAAUUGCGAGCGCAGGUGCAGAAGAAUCUCAGCUCUCCUCAGAUUGUGAAGCAAUUCUUGGCGGCAGUUGAUGAGAUCACUCGAGAAUUCCUGGAAAAACUUGAUCUGGAUCGUGCUGAAGAAGACUUCCUGCCUGAGCUUUCGCGCCUCAAUCUUGAGAUCAUUGGAUUUCUGGCCUUCGACACACGCUUAAAUAGCUUCAGCGAUGAGGAACGCGUUCCCGAAUCUCGAUCUUCGCGCCUUAUUGAAGCUGCUGAGGAGUCAAACAGCUGUAUUUUGCCGCUGGAUCAGAACUUUCCGCUAUUUAAACUCUUCGAGACGCCUCUCUACAGACGCUUCCGGAAAGCCCAGGAAUUCCUCGAGGAAGUCGCUCUGGAGAUGGUGGAGAGCAAAGCUGCAGCGCUACGCAGCGAAAGAUCUCUCAUCGCAGAGUAUCUCCGAAAUGAGAAUCUCGAGAUCAGAGACAUUGUCGGAAUGGCGUCGGAUUUCUUUUUGGCGGGAAUCGACACGACAUCUUACACAACCAGCUUUCUUCUCUAUCAUCUCUCGAAUAAUCCCACAGUUCAGGAGAAGCUCUUCCAGGAGAGCCUCAGAGUUCUGCCUGAAGAGGAUUCCCAGCUAUCGAGUGCUGCUCUGCAGGAGAUUCCCUUCGCCAGGGCGGUUCUCAAGGAAUCUUUGCGCCUCAAUCCCGUCUCCGUGGGCGUGGGACGCACCCUGACCACAGACACGCUGCUGUCCGGCUUUCUCGUGCCGCGAGGAACCAUCAUUGUGACGCAGAACCAGAUCUCUUGCCGGCUUCCCAUUCACUUCCACCAACCGGAAUGCUUUCUGCCCGAGCGCUGGCUCAAGAGCACGCGCACCGUCGCGCCCCAUCCGCACCUGGUGCUGCCCUUCGGCCACGGCAUGCGAUCCUGCAUCGCCAGGCGCCUGGCGGAGCAGAAUAUGCUCCUCCUCAUGCUCAGGAUGGUGAGGAAGUACAAACUGGUGUGGAAAGGUGCACCCAAACUGGAUUUCGUCACGAAACUCGUCAACAAGCCGUCGAGUGCCAUCAAAAUCCAUCUCAUUCAGCGCCCUAGGAAGUUGACAGCCAAUUGA